CUUUGGGUUUGAUCUAUAUAUUCGAAGUUAUUCCCUCUGUAAUUUGUAAAUGUCCAUAACCCUUAAAAUGAGGUCACUCACAGCAACCAUAUCCGUGCUACUUCUCUUUUGCUUAUUUUUCUCUCAUUUUCUUCCAAUUUUAGGGGACGUGGGGACGGCCAGGUCUUAUAGUCCUCCAUACUUGCCAACGAAAUGCAAAGGAAACGACCCACAACAAUUCCCAGAGGGAGGGUACUUUGUGGCGGUGAGCGAUGGGCUAUGGGACAACGGAGCAGCCUGCGGGCGGAGAUACCAGUUGCGGUGCAUCAGCAGGCCCAACCGGCCGUGCAGGGUAGGCUCCAUUGUUGCUGAGGUUGUUGAUCUCUGUAGAAGGGAUCCUUGCCCUUCAACACUUGUCCUCUCUACCAAAGCCUUCGAUGCCAUCUCCAGAUUUCCCAAAGUCAAGAUCAACCUUGAAUAUGCGCAAAUUUGACGGGAAGACAUUUCGUUCAAACACAUGUAAUAUAUAUAUAUAUAUAAUUUUCUUUAUGGUGCGAAACGUCUGAAAAAUAAUCAUUUUUAAAAAACAAAAAAAAAAAACUCUUGAUCAAUACUAUUAACAAGGGUAAUAAAUUUUUUAAAAACAAUAUGGAUGUUCGAACUAUAAAAUUAUAUAUAUGUAAUGUAUUAUAUGAAAAAUGAAGACAUUUCUUUCAAGUAGUGAUUGCCACAUCCCCAUGAUAGAUACAGAAGCAAAAAGGCGUGCAGCUUAUAAUUUGAAUAUUAGCUCUGUAGUAACGGCGGUGUGUAAAAGCAGAACUAAAGAAAUAUUUAAUAAAUGAAUACAAUCUUUUAUCUUCUC